ACCAGUAAAACCGGAAAUGAUAUUAGCAAUAAGUAAAAUGUGUAUAAAAAUAAACCAAUGAGAGUGUAGUAUUUUCGCCACGUUGCCAAAUUGGAGUAUAAUUUAAACCAAUGGAAUACGAGGAUUGCAAGUGAAGGGAACAGAAAUGCCAUCUAGGAAUGGCUUGUAUAAGCAAAGUUUUGAGUAGUAGGCAAGCGAGCAAGCGAACCCGAGCGAGGAUCGUGGGCCUGGUUGUGUGUUAGCUCGUGAAAUAUUGUCGGGAACCGUCGCCAUGUUUAGAAGUGUGCUGUACGUCCUUGAUAAAGUCUAACUAAAAUGUAUCGUAAAAUAUUAGAUAUAUCUAAUGUACUAAACAUUACGUGAGGUACCUAAUUAAUUAAUUACAAUUGCUUUAAACAAUUGUGCGGUUUAUUUAUGUGGAUGCCGUAUUUACGUACCGUAAUUUUGUGAUUAAAUAAUGUGUCAUGUGUAAUGAGUGAUAAGCAGGGCGUGCCAACUUUGCCGCCCCUCACUGGGGGUGGAAAUAACAAUGGGGGAAGCAGCAGUUCUAGCAGUGGAACUCAGCAGCAACAGCAAACAAUUAAUUUGCAGCAAGUAUUGGCAAGUCAAGGUCUCAAUGUCCUCACAACAGGAGCUGGACAACAAUUUGUCAUCACGUCUCAAGUUCCUGGCCUUACUCAGGUCCUACCAAGUGGUGCGACGACAACAGCUGGAUUACAACAAGUCACACGUAUUGUUAAUAUCAGCAAUAUGUCGACGGCAAGUGGUUCGCCUUUGGGGUCACCCAAUCGGCAGAAUACGACGAAAGUUGUACUCGCAACAUCACCGAAACUCGUCAGAACGACAUUGGGAAAUAUGUUUCUUACGCCAACGUCUCAAAUAACAUCAUCGCCACCAGCUAAAAAACUUAAACUUACUGAUGCUGCGGAAAAACCGACGAUGCUUGAUGAUGCCAAUGGUUAUCGUCGACGUAUUAUGGAGCACAAGAUCAAGAGAAUGCGCGCUAUUCGUGAAAAGUACACGGAAAAUGCGUCGGAACUUUAUUUUCUUCAUGCUGGUGGUAAUAUUAUGGACUUUCAAGCGUGGAAAAAGAAGCCGGCUACGUCAUCAUAUCUUCAAUUUCUACGUCAGCAUCGUUUAGAUCCUGACGAUGAAAAUGAAGAUCUUACUGCUCCGUUGCCAGCAAUUGCAGACAUCGCGGUGUCAUCAGUAACGACUAUGCCCACUUCAAACACGAUUUCAACAAGCCAAGGGGGAGAAGUGAAGAUUGCUGGUGUCGGUGUUACUCCCGUUGCAGUCUCCACAACUCUACCAGCUGCUGUUGCACAACUUAGUCAGCAAGUUCCAGAUUCAUCAAAACCUUCAGCAGUUGUGACUGCAAAUCCUUCUGCAAAUACGUUAAGUAAACAGCCUGCGGCCUCAACUUGCGUAAAAACAAUGGUAUCAAUGACAACAGCGGUAGCAACCACUCCGACAGCUACCACUACCGCAACUUCAACAUCAACUCCAACUUCAUCCGCUCAACCCGUUGUUAAACUUUUUAAAUUAUCUGCAAAUGCUCCGUCUUCAUGUGAUAUUCAAAAUAACCAGGAGCAAAUUGCAGAGAAAGCUAAACAAGAAGCUUAUGUAAUGCAAAGAAUAACGGAACUACAGCGCGAGGGCCUUUGGUCGGAAAAACGAUUACCAAAAGUACAAGAGCCAGGGAGAACAAAAGCACACUGGGAUUAUCUGCUGGAAGAAAUGGUAUGGCUAGCUGCUGAUUUUGCGCAGGAGCGUAAAUGGAAAAAAGCUGCGGCUAAAAAAUGUGCUAGAAUGGUACAAAAACAUUUUUUGGAAAAAGAAGCGCAGGCUCAAAAAGCCGAAAAAUUACAAGAAUUGAAGUUGAAAAAAAUGGCUGGAUUUAUUGCUAAAGAAAUAAAAACUUUUUGGGCUAAUGUUGAAAAACUCGUGGAGUUCAAACAGCAGACGAGACUGGACGAAAAAAGAAAAAAAGUACUGGAUCAGCAACUGAACUUUAUUGUUGGCCAAACUGAAAAAUAUUCCACGUGGUUAACAGAAGGAUUAAAUAAAACUGAAGGUACCACGAGUAUUUCAGCUUCGAAAAAUAGUUCGAGAAUAGCAUCACCCGUACCCGCAGAAAAACAACAUUCAGAUGAUGAGUUUGAGCCAAAUCAAAGUUCAGAAGAUGACGAAGAAACGAUAGCAAAAGCUGAGGAGGAGAUGAAAUCAAAUCACAAAGAGGAAGUUGAGUUACUUAAAAAAGAAUCUGAAAUACCUUUAGAAGAUUUACUAAAGGAAUUACCGCCAAACUAUCUUAAAGAGAGAGAUAAAGGUUUGUCUCCGCCUCCAGAAGAUUCGAUUAAUGUUGAAGAGGCACAAGAAAAUAAUACGGACGGUGAUGCUGAAUUUACCGUUGCUUCAGAAGAAUCUUCAGAUGAUGAAAAUACAAUUAUGGAACAGGAAGAGGCUGAAGGUAAUAGUGUAGAUCAUCGGCAAGAGUUGGACGAUCUUAAAGCCGAAAAUGAAAUGUCUAUUGAUGAAUUGAUGGCCAAGUAUGGAAGUAUGCCAGCUACUAUGGAUGUCGAUGAAGAAAGUGAACACGAAUCUGAUAAGGAUGAUGAUGAAGAAGGUGAGGCCGAAGCUGAAGCCGAGGCCGAGGCUGAAGUUGAAGCUGAAGAAAAAUCAGAGAGUGAAAAUGAAAGUGAGGAUGAAGCUAAAGAAGAUGAUGAAGAUUCACAAAGUCAGAGUGAUGAUGGUGAUGAGGAAAUGGAUAUUGGUCUGAAAUCGUUGUUAGAAGAUUUAGAUGAUAAAUCGUCGAGUAAAAAUGCCAAUGAGUCACACUCUGAGGCGCACAAUGAAAUGGAUGAUGUUGCCGCCUUAGCUGAAAGUAUUCAACCCAAAGGAAAUACACUACUAACAACAAGUGUUGUGACGAAAAUUCCGUUUCUUUUGAAACAUUCGCUCCGUGAAUAUCAACACAUUGGUCUUGAUUGGCUUGUAACAAUGUACGAACGAAAAUUAAAUGGAAUAUUAGCUGAUGAAAUGGGUCUUGGUAAAACAAUUCAAACAAUAGCAUUGUUAGCACAUCUUGCUUGUGAAAAGGGCAAUUGGGGUCCUCAUUUAAUAAUAGUACCUACAUCUGUGAUGUUAAAUUGGGAAAUGGAAUGUAAAAAAUGGUGUCCGGGUUUUAAAAUUCUCACUUACUAUGGUACACAAAAAGAGCGUAAACAAAAGAGAACCGGUUGGACAAAACCAAAUGCUUUUCAUAUAUGUAUUACAUCUUAUAAACUUGUUAUUCAAGAUCAUCAAAGUUUCCGUCGGAAAAAGUGGAAAUAUUUAAUUUUAGACGAAGCUCAAAAUAUUAAAAAUUUUAAAUCACAACGAUGGCAAUUAUUAUUAAAUUUUCAAACACAAAGACGUUUAUUGCUAACCGGUACACCAUUACAAAAUAAUCUCAUGGAACUUUGGUCACUGAUGCACUUUCUUAUGCCCAAUGUAUUUCAAUCACAUCGUGAAUUUAAAGAAUGGUUUAGUAAUCCCGUUACUGGUAUGAUUGAAGGAAAUAGUGAAUACAACGAAAAUAUUAUACGUCGACUUCAUAAGGUUUUACGUCCAUUUUUACUCCGAAGAUUGAAAACCGAAGUAGAAAAACAAUUACCAAAGAAAUACGAACACGUAAUAAUGUGUCGUUUAUCAAAACGUCAAAGAUUUUUAUACGAUGACUUUAUGUCACGUGCUAAAACUCGUGAAACUUUGGCUAGUGGUAAUUUAUUGAGUGUCAUCAAUGUAUUGAUGCAAUUACGUAAAGUAUGUAAUCAUCCAAAUUUAUUUGAAGUAAGACCGACGGUGUCACCAUUUCAAAUGGAAGCUAUUGACUUUAUUACAGCUUCAUUAGUAUGGAGUGCACUUGAUUAUGAUCCAUUCAAGCACAUUGAUUUGGCUAUUUUAAAUUUAAAUCUAUUGAAAAUAGAACGUACAAUAACAGCAUUUGUGUCACACAGAAUACGUCGUUUACAAACACCUCGUAAAUUAAUUGAAGAAAUAGAUAGUCAGCCACCGCCACCACCACGUUGUCCAGCUGGUAAAAUAAAAAUAACUGUAAGACUGUCAAAUCAAGUUAAACCUCCAUCAGUAACACCUCAGCAAGUAGCUCAAGCAAAAAUAAAAAGUUUUACUGGUAUUUUACCAACACCGCGUGUUGGUACUUCCCCAUUAAUUAAAACAAUUAAUAAUCAAACUCCUGGACAAGGUGUUACAUUACGUGUUGCUGGUGGACAACAAUUACAAGGUUACGUUCAACUUGUUCAACAUCAAGGAAAUGUUAAAGCGAUACCAAUGGCUACGAUAGCGCACAAUUCUCAAACAACAACACCAGUAACGGGUACUACGGCAACGAUAAAUGCUCAGAAAAUAGCCGUUAGCAGUCCAAAUAUCCGCGAUGGCUUACAGAGAUUAACGCAAACCGUUACAUUUAAACAAGGAGACUCUGUACAGAGGAUACCCAUGUCAAGUUUUGCUCAAUUAGUACAGACGUCUACCGGUCGGCAUAUUAUUCUUCAUUCCAAUCAACAGUCAACAAAUGCAGUUUCUUUUCCUGUGAUGACAUCAAGUGGUCAACGACUUACUGUCCUAUCGCCAAAAUUUACGCCAGUAACAAAAGUAGUCGGUGGUGUUGUGACAACAUCAGCAAAUACAGUUGGCGGUCGACCUGUAAUGCGAGUACCGCCAUUAAAUGUUUCUACCAGCGUAGCAUCAGCAAUGGCAUCACCAUCACAGCCACAGAUACGUGGAAUAGUAACAAGAGGUGGUACCAGUGUAUCAGCAACUGCUGGUGUAACUGGUGCUGGCAGUGGUAAUAAUGCCAAUGGUACAACGACUCAGCAAAAAGAAAUAAUUAAAAAACGUAAAGAAAGCCCUAAAUCAGAUUUUUAUUUAUCACAACUUGAAGAAGAUCGACGACAACGACGUCAAGCUAAAUUAAGUACAUUAGCCAAUAUAAAUGAACGUAAAUGUGCGGCUUGUCCUUUGUACGGCGAGGAUCUUUUUACAGCAUUGAGAAUUGAUAGACCUGCGUCUGGUUGUCAAUGGCACAAUGGCUGGUUAAAUUGUAAAAAUGUUAAACAACCAGCACGAACCCGUCGUCAAUAUUUUUCUCAUACGGAAGCUCUGGCCCAGGCGAUUAAAUCAACAGAACAAAUAGUCGAAGAAUUAAAAGAAGUAUUUGAACGUUUUGUUUGUUAUGUACCAGCAGUACGUGCACCAGUACCGCGUUUUCAUGUUUCACAUCCACCUCCAUGUAAAUUAUGGCAACAUCAACGUAUGCAAAUGGUAUUACAGCGACGGAUAACACCUAAAUGUGCGAUACUUCAUCCAAUAAAUAGUGCAAUGAUGACACAAUUUCCUGAUCCACGUCUUAUACAAUAUGAUUGUGGUAAAUUACAAUCACUCGAUCGUUUAUUAAGAAAAUUAAAAAGUGGUAGUCAUCGUGUCCUUAUAUUUACGCAAAUGACAAGAAUGUUGGACGUACUUGAGGCAUUUUUAAAUUACCAUGGUCAUAUUUAUUUAAGAUUAGACGGUACAACAAAAGUUGACCAACGUCAAUUUCUUAUGGAAAGAUUUAAUGGAGAUAAACGUAUAUUUUGUUUUAUAUUAUCAACAAGAUCGGGUGGUGUUGGUGUUAAUCUUACUGGUGCUGAUACAGUUAUAUUUUAUGACAGUGAUUGGAAUCCAACAAUGGACGCUCAGGCACAAGAUCGUUGUCAUAGGAUUGGACAGACUCGUGAUGUUCAUAUUUAUCGGCUUGUUAGUGAAAAGACUGUUGAAGAAAAUAUUCUUAAAAAGGCCAAUCAAAAGAGAUUACUUGGUGAUCUUGCUAUUGAAGGGGGUAAUUUUACUACUGCUUAUUUCAAGAGCUCGACAAUACAGGAUCUCUUUAAUAUUGAUCAGACUGAAAAUGAUGCGUCGGCACGUAUGGCUGAAAUCGUUGAACAAAAUAAAGAUCGUGAAAAAUUAUUGCUGAAAGACGUGUCCUCUAGUUGUAGUAGUAAUAAUAGUAAUAGUGGUAAUGGUAAUAGUAAUAGUAAUGUAACGACGCCAAUUGUUGAAGAAAAAGUAGCAAUGGGUGCCUUAGAAAGUGCACUUGCUGCUGCUGAAGAAGAUCUUGAUGUAUUGGCUGCUAAAACUGCUAAAGCUGAAGCUGUUGCCGAUCUUGCUGAGUUCGAUGAAAAUAUUCCGUUGGAUGAUGCUGAUCGUGAGGACACACAAAUUAGUAAAGCUGAACAAGAAGUUCAAAAUUUAAUUUCACAGUUAACACCAGUUGAACGUUAUGCAAUGAAAUUUGUUGAAGAAACAGAAGGUACAUUUUCAGCAGCUCAAUUGGCUGCAGCGGAACGUGAAUUGGAACAACAGAAAAAAGAAUGGGAAUUAGAUCGACUACGCGCAUUACGUGAAGAAGAAGAACGUCGUAUGAGGAUGGCUGAUGAUGACGAUAAACCAUUGACAUUUAGCCGCGAGGAUGCUCAGAAUCAGGUUAAUAAUACAAGUAAUUCUAAGAGAGUAGGUAAUAGUAAUAAAAAACAAAGUCAGGUCGCGCCGAGUAGACGUAGUUCACGUAGACGUAGUAGAAGUGCACGUGAAUCUUCAGUAAGUGAUUCUGAGUCUUCGACUAAUAGUGAGUCGGAGUCUCAAGAAGAUCUUGCUGAAGAUAAUUCUGAUGAGGAAGAGUCCAGUCAAGAGAGUCAGGAUGAUGAGAUAGGUGAUGAUGAUGAUGAUGGUGACGACGACGAUGAUGAUGAUGAUGACGGUGAUGGUGAUAACGAGAAUGAAGAUGACGAUGAUUUAAAUGCAAGUAAAUAUGAUAAUAGCAAACGUCGUCCAGGUCGACCUAAAAAAAUGAAAAUGCGUAAAAAUCAUCUUGAUCUCAAUAGUCCGCGUACAAGAUCUCGUGGUAACGUUAAAAUAAAUUUAUGGACAUUAGAUGUAAGUCCCAUUUUACCGGUUGUUAAACGUAGUUAUAAAGAUAUGCAUUGGCGUAAACGUAAUAAACGUGAUAGUAAUGAUAAAAAUACAAAUAAUGAUAACAAUAAAGAUUUGUCGAUUACAGAUCAAGAUCAAGAUCAUGAUAAUGAUAAUGAGAAUGGUAAUAAUACAGAUGAUAAAUGUUCAGUUUUAGUUGAUCAAGUUAAAUGUGAUGAUUUAUCAUCAGCUAGUCUUAGUGUUAAUGAUGAGGAAAAGAAUGAAGAAACAAUUGAUGAUAAAAGCCCUCAGGUUACGGAUUCAAUGGAUAUUUCUGCAUGUAGUGACGACAAUGAUGAUCAUGAAGAAAAACAAGAACAUUCAGAAUUAGAGCAGUCAAAUAAAACAAAUUUUAGUACGUCAUUGUGCGGUGAAUCAUUAAAAACUGAUGGUAAUAAAACUGAAGAUGAUAAUGGUGAUAAAGUUGACGAAGUUGAAAAUUUAAAUGAAAAUAAACGGACUCGUUUAAAUCGUAGUAAUAAUAUUAAAAAAAUACCUCAAUCUUGUGAUGAUUUAACAGGUAAAAACGAAGAAAUGGAUACUGAUGCUAAUCACGUAACACGAUCUCAUAAAACUGAACAAUUUAAAACAGACAAUAUUAACAAUGAAGACACGGAAAAUUUAGAUGUUAAUGUUGGGUCACCGAAUAAUGUAAUUGAUAGUACGUCGCCUACGAAUUUAAAUGAAUCUGCACUAGAUGUUGAAUAUUGUAUUAUAAGUAAUAAAGAUAAAUCAGGUGAUGAUUCUUCAGCAGAUUCUUCUUGUACGGAUGUUAAUGCUGAGCCUAAAAUAGAAAGUAUUAUUUUAAGAAAAACACGAACAAGAUCAUCUUUAAUAAGUAGUGCUCCUUUGAGUAGUCGUACUCGACGUGCUGCGAAAUUACAGCAUAAAAAUCCGGAUUUGAGUAGUAAUACAGACGCCGAAGCUAAAGAAAUAAAACAAGAGUCAAUUGAUGGUAUUGAGGAAGUUGGAAAAAAUCAAUUAGAAAAUGAUGAAUGGCCAAAAGUUUGUGUUGAAAAUAUUUUACUUGAUGAAUCUGUGCCAAUUGAAGCGACUAUUUUACCUCCUGUCGAGUCAACUGAUUUAAAAUCAAUUAAUUCUGAGGAAAAAAAUACUGAAGCUUCAUCAAAUUCUAAUUUAACGUUACGAUUAAAAAUAACUCGACCGGACACACCUUUUCCACGUAUUUCAACACGAAGAUCUAAAGCUAAUUCACCUUUUACAGAACCUCUAGCUCCUGUUUCCAAUGACGUUGAGUCGAAAAAGUUACGAAAAAAUUUAGAAAAAAAAGUGAUUAAAAAAUCAUCCGACUCGGAGUCAUUACAAGAGUCCGUGGACGAAAAAAGAAAUGACGGUUGCAAAAGUCCAAUGUUGAUUCUAUCAGACAUAAAAUUAAAAUUACCAGUACCAAAAUCAUCGCAAAUUGAUGCUUCGUCAUCGCGCGUAACUCGUUCAUCAGGAGUACUAGAUUCACCGAUUGUUCUUAUAAAAGAGCAUUCAUCUUCGGCAGAAAGACCUACAACACGUUCAAAAGGUGCUAUGGACAACGGGUUCUUGUUACCAACUCAAAUAAAUCGUAAAACACGCGGCAAUUCGUUGCCCAAAGUAUCAACAUCAUCAGCAAUUAUACCAGAUUCUAAUAAAUUAAAAUCCAGUGAUACUGUUAAUAUAUUUCCCAGUAGUCAAAAAAGAAGACCAGAUACACCAGUACCUAAAAAAUCAUCAUUACGUAUUACAAGAUCAGCGGAUCAAAUUAUUUAUUCAUCAAAUUUUAAUUCACAAAGCAAUUUAAUAAAUAAAAGCAAUAAUAAAUCAACACGUCGUACGUCAACUUGUUUAGAUAAAAAUGAAACAGAUGUACAUUCACUUACACAUACCGGUACGCGUACACCAUCACCACCACUACCAGUAUCAUCACCACUUGCUGAUAAUAUAUCAGGAAAAAAAGAAUCUGUUGAUACUGAUUCAAAUGGUAAUGCCGUAAAUAAUGAUAAUUUUACCCACAGUGAAAAUGAUAAUGUUACGUUAAUUAAUAUUGACAAUGAAAAACCUCAGAGAACAGCUAAAGUUGUUGCUAUGAUAACACUAGAUACUCAUUCGCGUAUUAAUCAUAAUAAAACGAGUCCUGUUAAUUCCGCAAUUAAAAAAAAUGAUGAUAAACGUGAUUGUGAAGUUAUUUGUAUUGAUGAACCUAUCGGGAUUAAAAUGAGAUCCAGAAGUAGUUCUAAAUUAUUAUUAUCAUCAUCAACAUCGUCAUCAUUGCCGUCAUCAUCAUCACCUAUUGAGACAAUAGUUAUCCAUGAUGAUAGCGAAUCUGAAAAUGACACUGAAUCGAGAGAUAAAAGAUUGCGUAAUAAAAAUAUUAUAAAAAGAUCACAAAGACUUAUUAAGUCAAAUUUAAAAAAUAAAUAUAAUGAUAUACAAAUUUUAGAUACAACAGCAGACAAUGAUGAUGAAUUAGGGCCUAAUAAAAAAAUAAUUAAACUUACACCUGUUGAUAAAAUUAAUCGUCAAAUUUCUUGAAAUAUUAAAUUAUCAUUUUUUAAAAAUUUCAUUAAUAUUUAAAUCAUUCAUAACAAUUAUUAUUGAAUUAUUAUUUUUUUUAAAGCUUUUUUUUUAUCAAUUGCUUCAUCUUAUCUUGCCUAAUCUUUAAUGUGAAUUUUGUAAAUAUUAAUAAUAAUAAUAAUGAUAAUACUUAAAUAAUUAUGAACAAUAAAUUGAGACGGCAAUAAAAUAUUCCGUACUCGGUAAAAAUUAUUGAUUGAUUAAUUAAUUGAUUAAUUAAUUUGUACUGGUUUUUUUAUUAUAAUUAAUUGCUGCGUCUGGUGACGUUAUUGUAUAAAAUGAACGGAGGAGUAAAAAGAAAAUUAACUGAGAAAAUGAUAAUGAUAAGAGAAUAAAAAUAAAAAAAGAAGUAAUAAUGGAAAUAUAAUUUAUAUUUUUCGUGAUAUCCGCGAGACUCAUGACUGUAUUAUAUAAUAAAAAAAAAAACAUAGGUUUAAAAAAAAUAUAUUUUCAAUAUAAUCAAGACGCUAUACUCUGUUAUUAUUAUACGUAAUUAUUGAUAUUGUUUAUAAUUGUUAAUAUUUUUUAAUUGAUUUGACAGUUUGUUUUUUUUCUUGUUUAUUUUUUCUUUUAUUGAUAAAUGUUUUCUAAUUUAAUAAUAAAACUCUCAAAGAGUUUUAUAUGUGCUUCUGUCUCUCUAUCAUCUCUUCUGUACACGACUGCGACGUCGUUCAAUGUGAAAUAAUAAUUAUAUAAAUAUGAAUAUAUAUAUAAAUAUAUAUAAACGUUUUUAGGGAUUAAGAUAAUUAACGUAUAGAAUUAAAACGUGUAAUUUGUCGAGUGUUAAGAUAUAUAUAUAUAUAU